UCACCAACAUUUAUACAUAACACUUAAUAUUUUCAUGUAUUGUUGAUUACAAAGGCUUGUUGAUGAGCUUAAGUUCUCAAGAAAAUGAUACGCAUGGAAGAUUACAGUGUCUUUAGUUCACAGUGGGUAUCACUUUAAUUAUCAUGAAGCGAGACUUUAAUUCAUUUUUUACAGCCAUUUCAACUUAUAGCGAACACAUUUUUUUCGUUAUUUGAACUUAAAGCCGAAAUAUUUUUGUACAUCAUUUGAAUUUAUCAUCGACUAGUGAGAGCGAGACUGACAAAUUGACAUUUCUUCAUAACUAUUUAAUUGGAAAUGAUGGCAUGUAUACCCCGGAAGUGCUUUAUUCCCAAUAAUGAACAUUCUAAUUAUUUUCAUAGAGUAGUUAUGAAUGUUUAAUUUCGAAGAAAAAAUUAGUUUUAUUUAGUAGUUUUUAAAAUACACUAGUCGGUGUAAAUAAUUUAUCAAUAAGCGAUUUGGACAAAGUUAAAAAAAAUAUCUUAAAUAUUUUAUUGCAUUUUUGCGUUUGAAAACAUCGUUGACAUAAUACAACAACGUCAGGCGGUCACCACCAUUAAUUAAAUAACAAUAUGAAUGCAUAGCUUGGUAUGCCUCCCAUCCUACAGCUGAGUAUAGGUGGAGCUGAGUGCCCCAACCGCAGCUGAACCAGUGCUGAACAGUUGGGGUCGUUUGAGCAGGUUUUUCUAAGCCGUCUGCUUCCAAACGGAUUCUGUGUAUGGUGAGGAUAUUCCUUGAAGAGUAAACCUGCUACUCCCUCAUAGGAUACAGCUGGCAGGAUGCCGUCUACUAGCAGAAGUGCUGCAAAUUUGCGCAUGAGAGUUGAGAGUAGCCUUAAGAUUUUUUUUUACCGCGGAUAGGCAGAAUUGAGCUGAAAAAAAUUGUGCUUGGAGGUUCUAGCAACAAAAUUUCCAAGUAAAAAUUCAAAAUUGGCAGGUAAAAAUAAAGUGCCACAUUAGAUGAUGAGAUGGUCAAUAUGGGCAUCUUAAGGUAACCCAUAGCAUGCCGAGAAAGACGAUGAGGAGCUUUGAAAAUGAACAUGAUAUGCUGACGAGAAGGGUGAGAAACUAGACUCCACGUACAACGAGUCCAAUGUUUCAAGUGAUUAACCACUUGGCCAGCUAACUGAGGCAGCAGAUUUACUCGCGGUGCUGAUAGUUAACUUAAGUAGAUGGACCAGCAAAGUGAAAACGUCACUAUCCAAAGCGUGAUUGUGCCCAAUCUUUUGUAGAAGAAAUCAAGCGACGGCACUAAGUGAAAGGGGAAUUGAUUGAUCUCGAAGUGUGAUUGGCCACAAUUAUUUUCAUAAUUGGCUAUUUCAUCGCGCACAAAAAAAAUAUGAGCAUCAUUCCCUCCAUCAGAUUUAAAUAACCUAGAAUCAAAAAGUUGGAUUGAUAUUAUUACAAUAAUAAGCUGAAUAUUCAGUUGUUUUACGUCCGUUGUAUAUAAUUGAAAUUUCAUUGAAGAAAAAUGAAGCUACCAGGUGUGUGCUGUUUAUUGACGGGGCUGUGCCUCGUUCUGGGGGGGCUGGCCCAGGGCCCCACAAUCGGGCCCUGCAGCGCCCCCAACACGACUGAGAACUUCAACGACGCCUACAUUAGUAAGCUUACUGACGGUGACUACACAGUAGUGCAGCCAGCCGGUCACUCCUCGUCCACCAGCCAGCUACGGUUUUACCUCAACGGGACUUACCUCCUGUCAUAUAUCGACCAGGCUGGGCGGCCUGCUCAGCACACAGGAGAGUACCGCGCGCAGGCUCACGCUGUCUCUGCCCCAGCCACCAUAACGCUGCACUCCCUCCCCGCUGGAGCUUUUGGCAGUGCAGAGUCGGGCACCGUUAAGCUCAGUGUCGUGAGAGCCGAGGAAGGAAUCAUUGAACUGUCGUCGUGCGCCAGGGCAGGUCUUGUAAUUUACGAGCGAAGGCAUCUUCUGAUCUCCACGAUGCUGCAUCGUUCUGGUGUUGAAGCUGCGACCAGUUUGAAUCCGGUAAUCCUGGACACGAUGUACGCAUACCCUGACUUGAGGUUGGGACGGCAAGAUAUUAUUAACUUUAAUCCAUCUCCAGGAGCAAUAAAAGUCUUUGUUAUUUUGGGAGCAAUCAAUUGCUUGUUCAACCUUUUCAAAAAACCAGAUUAUUGUGGUUCUCUAUUGGGUGCUUGGAAAAAUGCAACAUCUAACCUCACAUUUUAUUCCGCCUUGCCAUCCCCACCUCCAACUGUGUUGUACAACUUCGAACCUGUCUUCGCUACCUACCCAGUUCCUACUUACUCGUGGUCACGUUACGCUCUUCAACCGUCGGCUAUGGUGCAUAAUUCAAUGCAAACAAGUCCUGUCGCUACAGUUUAUGUUCAAGAAGUUGGAGGUAUUCCAUAUUUUGCUCACUAUUUUGAGAACUUUGGCAAUAGGGAACUGCACGACUCUCACCAGAGCCCUCAGCUAGUAGGUGCGCCCAUCACAGGACAGUACAACUUUUUCAUCCCACGUUAAGAAAAAUGACCGUUGGAAAAUUAAGUGUUUCACGAACCUUAACUUUCUCCCUUUUUGUUUUUUCUGUGCAGAUCUGCGGUUUAAUAAUUUUUAAUAAUAAUAAUAAUAAUUAUAAUAAAAAAAUA